CUUCGCCCAGGUGGGGCGCUCUGUAGGCUGCGCAUGGCGUCUUCUUCUUCUUCUCCGCCGUCCCCCGGCUCCAGCGAGCUCUCGUUCGCGUGCGUAACCUCGGCGCUGGCGUCGCUCUGGGCAUCCGCGUGCGAGGCGAGGCAGAACGUAACCCGGCAGAGGUUACUCUUCUUCCUCAAGCAACAUGUACCCAUCUUAGAAUGGCUACCGGCGUACGACCUGAGUGAGGACCUGCAGUUCGACGUGGUGUCCGGGGUUACGGUCGGGCUCAUGCUCGUACCCCAGGAGGUAUCCCUUGCAGCCAUCAUGGGCGUACCCCCCAUCUACGGGCUAUACACGGCCGCGGUUGUACCCAUGAUCUACCCGCUCUUCGGCACCUCCCGGGUGCUGAGUGUGGCCAACGGAGCUGAAGUGAGUCUACUCGUGGGCUCGGCCAUCAAGAAGGUGGAGAGUGAGGAGGAACGGAUCGCUACCGGUAUUCUCCUGAGCUUCCUGAGUGGCGUGGUGCUGCUGUUCAUGGGGAUGUUCCGACUGGGAGUCAUCGCCGACUUCUUCUCAAGGCCCGUCAUGGGUGGAUUCAUCUCGGCCGGAGGUGUACUCAUCAUGCUGUCCCAGAUGAAUCUGUGGCUGGGGAUCGACAUCAAGAGCAAGGAUCUGCCGGUGCUGACGGUGUGGGAUCUGAUGGAGCAGUUGCCACACCUCAACACCUUCAGCUUUGCACUCGGUACCUUUUCAAUCUUGGUGCUGGUGGGCAUGCACGAGCUGAAACGCCGCGUGGUGAGGAAGCUGGCUAGAGUCGAGGAGGAGCUCGAGGACCAGUUCGCGAUUGAGACGUCCAGGGCGCUGAAUCAACUGUCCAUGAGCAUGAGCUCGAACGGCGAGCAGAGUGACAUGAGUGAGGACGAAGAGGAGGACAGUCAGGACGCCAAGGAUGAUCGACAAGCGGAGGGCAGCUAUGGUGGAGAUAUCGAACUGGGGGACGCCCCCAAGCCAAAGAAACGCCAGCCAAAGAGUAGCGAUGAUGAAGCCAACUUGGACGUGGAAGACGUGACGGUAUCGCCGCGUGGAUCGAGGUGGGCCGACUUGCCCGCUGUGUUCACGACGGGCUCGCUGCGACGUCGGGACUUCAUGGUGUCGUCCCCAUGGGCCUCAUCGUCACGCAAUAGUCGAGAUCUUGGUGCUAACGACCUGGAUCUGGCUCGCUCUACUCGUCAGAGAGACCUGGCUGCGAUUACUCGUAGCACUCGUCAUGGACGCAUGGACGACGAAGGUGUGGGCUUUUCGCUUUCGGACGAGGAUUACAUUACUAUUGAGAGACCGUUGGACUUUGGCACUCCCCCUGAUGCUGCUGCUGGGAUGCACCGUUCUAGCUCGGAUGAAACGGGCGUAGCGCGGACUUUGCCUAGGAUGCACCCAACCCAGCCUAAGGUGGAGAGACCCGGGCGCAACCGUGGCGGAGAUACUGAUGACGACGAUGACGCAGAUGCCAAGGCUGAGGCUGAAAUGAAGAGACGUGUGAAGGAGCUUGCUUCGCCUGCGAAGUCAGAGACUGGGUCGGAAUCGGCGACUUCGACUACGGCGCUUACUGGACGCAUGCUUGCAGCGUCGUCGACGUCAAUUCGCAUAUUGCGCUCGAAGAUGGCUGUGCUGAUCGCGCUGCGGUUGGUGUGCGACUUGGGUGCGUUCAUGGUGUGUCUGCUGGGUGGAAUCGUUGGCUACUUGGCCCCAGAAGGUUCUCUUGCUCUUGCCGGGGAUGUCCCCGGUGGUUAUCCAUCACCGCUAAGGCCCUGGUAUGGAUUGAGUACGAACAUUAUCGAGGCUGAUCGUCUGUACCACCUCUUCAUCGACACGCUGUCGAUUGCCAUCAUCUCGUACAUGUGCAGUGUCGCCAUGGCCAAGCGUCUCGCGAUUAAAGAAGGCUACAGGAUCAGGCCAAACCAAGAGCUCAUCGCGCUGGGUUUCUCCAACCUCGUUGGGUCUUUUUUCCAGGGUAUGCCGUCCACCGGAGGUCUUUCGCGUACUGCGGUGAACAUGCAGAACGCCCGCACCCAGCUUGCGAGUGUGAUCGCAGUGCUGGUCGUGGUGUUUGUGCUGUACACAUCCACUUCAGCUCUCGCGUACCUACCGAAGGCAAGUCUCGCUUCCAUCAUCAUCGUCGCUGGCUACUCACUGAUCGAGAUGAAGGAAGCCAAAUGGCUGUAUCGUGUCAAGCGCGACGAAUUUUAUGUGUGGCUGGCGUCAUUUGUGCUGUCGUGUCUGCUGGGUGUGCUGCCUGGACUUCUGUCCUCCAUCUUUUGCUCGCUGAUUGCUGUGAUUUACAAGACUCGUCGCCCGACCGUGUCCAUGCUGGGUGAGGUUAUCGACGAGGAAACCGGGGGGAAGCGGAUUGUGGAGUUGGACUUGUACCCCGACACGGCGCAUCCGUUGUCUGAUAUCGUGGCGAUUCGAGUGGAAGGCGCUCUGUACUUCGCUAACUGCGAAUACAUUGAGCGCGUGGUGGAACGGGAGGUGCGCAGGCGCCACGAGACCGAGGGCGUGCGAGUCCGUGGUGUGGUGAUUGAUGCAGGCUCCAUCAUGGACUGGGAUACCACGACCAUCCAGAUGAUGAAGCAUUUGAAGGCCGAGCUUCGCGGACAAGGCAUCAUGCUGGCGAUCGUGAACGCACGAGACCGCCUGCAGCUUCUACUUGAGACGUCCGAGUUCCUCGUGGGUAUCGUGCACAGCGAUGCUCGGAUCGGGUUCACCGAGGCCAUCACCGCCAUCCGCGAGGAAGACAUGCCUUCGGAUGAGAGUCAAGCCUUGGCGCGUGCCACUCGGGUGCACAGCAUCUAGAAUGGGGGGUCCAAGGCAGUCGAGUUAAAUGUCGUUGUAAUAAUGAAGUGACUGAAAACUG